CUCGGUUCUGCUCGGCUUGCUCGCCAGGCUCGAGACUCGGACCUCUCCGAAGGCGCACGAAGAGAUGGGACGAGGGUGGGGUAGCACGGGAGAGCACAAGAGUACAAGAGCAAGUGAAGGGAGAAGCUCUCUGUCUGCCGAGAGUCAGACUCGAUAACUAAGAGAAGCGUCAGUAGUCAGAGUCGACCCGAGUGCACGAUCAGACCGAGCGAGCACUAUGACCGAACAGCGACCGCGGCCUAUCGUCACCUUGCUCAUCAGCCUGCUGACUUCUCUCGCUUCCGGUGAAGCAGCUACGCUGUUGGGCGCGCCACCCUGUCCAGACCCCCAUGGCGUCCACGCGUACGCUCACCCCGAGAACUGCAACGCCUUCUUCCUCUGUACGAACGGCACCCUGACCCUCGAGUACUGCGAGAAUGGAUUACUCUUCGACGGCCACGGGGCCGUACACGAUCAUUGCAACUAUCACUGGGCCGUCAACUGCGGGGAUCGCAAGGCUGACCUCACACCGAUCAGCAGCCCUGGCUGCGAGUACCAAUUUGGCCUCUAUCCAGCCAGCGACGCUUGCAGCACCACUUACAUCAAAUGCAUCCACGGACACCCGCAGGAGGAGCACUGCGACGCGGGAUUAGCUUACGACGCGAAGAGUCACAACUGCGUCUGGCCAGAUCAACUGUUACCCUACUGCAACCCGGAGGAGAUCGUCGGCUUCAAGUGCCCUCACAAAGUACCCUCUCACAGCGCGGCUGCCAAAUACUGGCCCUAUCCGAGAUUCCCUGUGCCCGGAGAUUGUGGCAGACUAAUCACCUGCGUCGAUGGCAAUCCACGUUUGCUCACAUGCGGCGACGGGAAACUCUUCGAUUCCACGAGUCUCAGCUGUUUGGAUCCAGAGGAAUUGCCUCAUUGUGCCAAUGGUCUUUAAAUUACGUGGAAACGUAAAAUUGCCUGUCAAACGUUUCAAAAUCUGUCUACGCCGCUCAUCAGAGCUCAUCACACCCUCCUCGAUCGACAAAACGAAAAAGCCUGCUUGCUUACCGAGGAAAUCACGUUGGAUGCCUAGUUGAAUUACUUACAUUACUUUGAAUUCACAAGAGAUGUGUCUCGAAGGGAUAUAUAAUUGCAAUAACGGCGACAUGUACAACGAAUAAUCGGAAUAAAGUGUCACGGCAUGCGUACAAAAAAUAUACAACGUAUACUUUAUUUCAACGAGUCUACAUUCGUACAAGUGUGAACUGUUUUCGAUACAUAUGUAGAUUGCUUAUAGAAUUCGGAGAGGAAGGGGAAGGAGAAUGUGAGAAUGUCCAAGAGGCAAUAUUUACAUUUCUUUGACUGUAAGAAUGAGAGAGAGAGAACGAAUGGGUUCACCGUCACCAAAAGUGGUGAACGAGAUAUAAAAGUGAAACAUCUAGAUCACUUCAGAUGAUCCGGAAGUGGCGGUACUUUCUAAGCUGUGAGUACGCAUAAAGGAGUAUGUUUAACAACACUGCUCGCCCCCCGUGCGAUCUGUUGUACCCUCGAGAGCCACGAUACCGAUUAUAUAAUACGUAAAUAUCGGUAAACCACGUUACCUAGCUACGACUCAGACUUCCUCGAGUUUUCCACACCGAGUCGCGUUUCCCACGAUGUUAUAGUAAUUUUCCAUUCUAACCGAGGUACCUAGGCUGCAUUCUUACGUGCACAAUGUUCUUUACGAGCAUGGAGAAUCGCGAGGAGGCUACGUUUGCGAUUCAUCGAGAAGCAAGAAAUUGGAUGAUCUAAUUUCUGGGACGAGCUCGAAGUGAGAUGGGCAGCGCGCCGGCUGGCAGCGGCGGGACACCCGGCGGAAGGUUCUCCUCCUCUGGUUCCUGCUCGUUCCGUCCCUCGGGCAGGUCACCCUCGAGGCUUGGCGGCGUCGUCGGCACGUCGCAGUCCUCGGUCGGCGGGACCACGCACCUCAACGACCUCCGAUCGAACACCAGCAUCGCUGGACAUCUCUGCAGCCGUGGAUAGCCGCCUUGACACUGCCAGUAACGGUUGCACGACUUGCCCAGGGGCACGUUCCCGUUUGCGUCGUCGUUGCACAGAGGAUGCUUUUGACAGCCUUCGACGUUCUCUGGCCAGUCGCAGGACCUGGCCCUCUCGUUGUACAAAAGACCACCGAUGCACAAUUGUUCGGUGGCGGUGCCGUUCCAGCAGGUCCAGUACCGUGUGCAGGACGUCUCGUGGCCGAAAAUGCCAUAAAGCCAGUCGCAGUGCUCAGCCGGAAUCGGUGGAUUCGCCUGGCGUUUCCCGUCGCAGUAGUUCGCUCUCCAUGGAUAAUCGCAGCCCUCGGUCACGCCACGAUGCUUCCCAGCGAAAACAAGACCGUUCGGGCAGUCGAACAACUCGGGACGACCGUUCACGCACUCCCAAUAGCGAUCGCAGUACUCUAUGUCGCCCACCACUCUGGAUUUCGUUUGACACGGAUCUUCCUGCUGCUGCUUCUGGCCGUGCGAUCCUGUUAACAGGGGCGAAUGCAUGUGAAUUGUGAA